UACAUUCAAGAUCGCGUGUUAGUUUUCACAUAGACGUAGCAGUGGUCGAAGCGCAUGACGCUCCUAGGCUACAACUAUAUAGGUACCUCGUAGGUACUAUCGCAGUAAUUUUCGCGGUUAAUUUUAGUUGAUUUUUUUUCAUACUUUUUUUUUAUUUCAACGGUUUUUAAAAUUAUUUAAUCAAUGGUUUUAAAAUUUAUUCCUGUGAUUUUUUUAAUUUGGUUUACAUUUAAUUGCCAUGGACAAACAGAAUCAAGAGAAACUCAUUUUCCUGGUUAUCAUUUCUGUGGACCGGGAACGGACUUUUUGGAAAGGAUUGCUCGCGGUCAGCUUGGCAUCAAUAAGCUAGACGAAGCGUGCCGAUUACAUGAUUCUGUUUAUACAAAUAGCACAGAUUUUAAAUUGAGAAUGGAAGCCGACAUGAAAUUGGAAACACAGGCGUGGGAGCGAGUGAUAGCGAAGGAUAGCAGUUACAAGGAGAAAAUCGCUGCAUGGAUGGUGACAAACGUCAUGAAAGUGAAACGAAAGUGGAAUACUCGACGUCUACAACGGGAAUUUGGUAAAAAACCUAGUGAUUUAUUAACUCCUACGCCCAAAAAACCUCGACGUUCAGUUGGUGACUCCCCCAAAACUUGGUUCAGGUUGCGAUUUGGAUAAGAAUUACACCGAGAUUAAGACAAAAUCGUGUUUGCGUUAAAUGUAAUACUAAUAAAGAAUUAUUGCUAAGUGCAAAUCUGCAAUCUGUAAUAUCGUUGAACCUUGAAAUUCAAUAAUAAGUAAUGGAAUGAUGUUUAGCAACUACACGCUGUGAUAUUAUAUGUUUAGUUAAAUACAAUUUUUUAUUGCACUAUGCGUACUAUUAUUAGUUCAAAAGCAAAAUAUAAUGAGUAUUGAAUGAGAUAACAACCAAUCUAAAGCAUUUGUUUCUGAUCAGUGUUAGACAAUGUGGUAAUGUUGAAUUGCAUAAAUGUAAUGUAUGCCCAGUGCCUACAUACCUUUACGUAUUUCGAUGCAAUAUUUUUAACAUCCAUGUUUUUUUAUUUUAAUGGUAUAUAAAAAUGUAUGACUGUAUUAUAUUAUAUAAGUACCUAGUCAAUGUAAAUAUAAUUGCUAUUGUUUUUUUUUUUUUUUU